UGGGAAAUCCCUUUUUGACCGGAAUGAGAAAGAGACUGAUGGCGUAUAUAAAUAUCUUGGUAUACAAAAGAAAGUAUCCAAAUAUUGAUCAACAAAUAACAAAGGUGGUUCUCAGAAAAGUGUUUUGGUUAUAAAAGUUAUAAGACAACAUGGCUAACAAUUCGCUUCUUUGUGUCCUAGUUUUAGUAGCAGCAUUAAAUAUAUUGGCGAUUAUGGGUGCCCCCCAGCACGAUCAUCAUCAUGGCAAUGACCACCAUGACCACCAUGACCACGGUCAUUACGAUAACCACUACCAUCACGGCCAUGACUACGACCACCACCAUCAUGGACAUUACGAUUACGAUAACCACCAUCACCACCACGGUUAUCCAUCUUAUGGCUACAAUCACUAUCCCCAUUACCACGGACACUACCAAUAUGGCCAUGGGUAUCCAUAUGGUGGAGUUGGAUUUAAUCUUGGCCCAUUUGGCAUUCGGUUUUAGUUACAAAUGGGAUGAGGUACGCCAAAAAGCUUUGGAAUCAGAAAGUCCGCCGAAUUAUGUUCGCAAGAUAGUUCUAUCUGAAUUGUUCCAAUAUCUUCUAGGAAAAAUAUCGAACAAAUUAGAAAUGCAAUGUUCAAUGUGCAAAUUAUAUUUUCAAAAUAUUUUCUGCCUAUUUAUCGAAUCCUAAGUGUUUGUUUGUAUUUGUUAUUUAUUUUUAUUUAUUUAAAAUAAAAUAUUUAUUGAA